AUUGCCGUUGGUUUAGAGAGAGAAAAAUUUUCACUGUUGGGUUCCUCUAUAUGACCCAUUAAGGGUCUGCGUGUAAAGUCUCAAGCAUUUGUCAUCACUCAAGAGAGAGUGGACAAGUCCGGUCAAAUUUGCUGCACCUUGGCCUGCACCUUCCUUUCUCCAUCUCCAAUUCUUCACCCUCUUAAGCCUUCUUCCUCGUUGCCCUUGUGAUCAUAACACACAAUAGAACAACACACACAUAUAUAUAGUUCUUUCAAUUAUUUUUUGCAAUAAGCCCGCAUAUAAGCUGAGGCAGGAUUAAUUUGAAUCGAGUCAUAGGAUCCGACAACAUGGGUUUUUCCUCCAAAGAAGAGAAAUCCAAAAGGAUACUAAGAGGUUUGAAGACUGUAUUCUUCUUGAUCACCAUGGUUAUAUCGCUUCUUCUUUUCUCCGCGCCGGUUCUCCUUGUUAUUGCCGAUGCACUUGUUCCUUCUGCUUUGCUCUCUACACUCUCCCCUACUUCUCUGUCCUUGGAGACUCUCUCUUCCCAUUUCCACAACUACGAUUUUCGCUACUCUCUCAUUGAUAUACCCCUUGUCUCCAUAAUAAGAUCCUUCAUCAUUUUCUGUGUUUAUAGUUUAUGCGAUGGACCAAGGCUUUCUCGAGGGCCUUAUUUGGGGAUCACGACGAUGUGCUCUGUUCUGUCUCUGAUGUUUGUGUCGUUGAAAGCUGUUUACAUCUUCAGUGUUUCGAGUAAAGGGUACGUUCCAGCCACCGAAAUAGCGCUGUUCGUGUGUUCUUGUGCCUUGGCCGUGGGGCAUAUUGUUGUGGCCUACAGAACAAGUUGCAGAGAAAGACGAAAGCUUUUGGUCUACAAAAUUGACAUUGAAGCUAUUUCGGCUUGCAAAACUGGGUAUCCUAGGUAUCCGAAGAUUCCUCAAGAAGAAAGAGUCAAAUGAAAUCACUGUGGCACUAAAAGAUUAGAGGAAUUAUCAGUUAAACGUAUAGAUUUUCAACUAACAGCUUCAGUUAUUCAUAUUAAGUUCUUGUGUGCGUCAAGAGAUGCCACGGUUUAUCCUAAGGAUGCCAGCAACCUUGACAUCUAACACACUAACACUUAAUAUAGUUUAUCGCUACCAUGAUACAUCAAGUUGUUGAAUGGUGUUUAGGUAUAUAUGUACAAUUGAGCUUCAUCAUUGGCGAUUCAUGUAACAACUAUUUUGUUUCGUGUAUAUCUUCUUGUAUAUAUAUAUAAGUCAAAGGAUUGUUAGUAGUGGUCAAAGGCCUACUUCAUGGGAUUUGUAUUCUGAUUGCUUUAUAUUGAUGUUUGGUGCAGUGAGACCAUAUUUUCAAAUUUAUAGUUUGAAUUCUUGAUGGUU